UAAUGAGUGAAGAAGUUUGCUUUACAGAAAUCAAAAAAUAGAAUAGUAGUAAGCAUUUUCCAUUGAUAGACCUUACUGAAAUCAAACCUCAAGUCAGUUUCUUAGAGAGCUUAUGUAAAAUUCAUUAUUCUAAUUUGAUAGUAUAGAAAAAGUAUCAACUCAACAAAAAAAUAUAAUAAUACACACUAGGUAAAGUAUAUUUGGAGUCUCAUAAUGAGAAAGCAAUAUUUAGAGUUUUUUAGGAUUCUGAUCUGAACAUCUCUUCAAUAUUCUAAAAGAAACUAAAUAAAACAUCAGUUGAUGAUGAUGUAAUGACUACAAGUUCUUAAAUUGCCAAUGCUAAUAGAUAAAAUAGGAAGGACGUAAUUUUUAGAAUUUUUGAAGUAGAGAAACCUCAACGUCCUAAAUAGAUUCCCUUAGAAGAAAUGGAACGUUCUCUCUUUGGUUCUACUUAAGAUAACAAUCCAUUCUUCACACAAUAACUCCAAGUAGCCAAUGCAAGUAAAUUGUUUUUAUCAUAAUGA